UAUAAAGAACGGACAUACUGAUCAAAAAUCACCAGUCUUCUACUAGGCAACUUCACCUCAACUACUCAGCAUGCAGCUUGGUGUUUUUCUUUUUGCUAUUUUCGUCGUGGCCACCGCCGCUUCACCCAAGUCUAAUGAUUACAAAGACAACUACGAAUACGCUCCGGCUCAAUAUGAAUUUGGCUAUGGAGUAAAGGACGACUAUGCUUACGUCGAUUUUGGUCACAACGAGAACCGAAAUGGCGACAACACCAAGGGACAGUACAACGUCGUCCUACCAGACGGCCGUCGCCAGGUCGUCAACUAUUACGUCGACGGUUACUCUGGUUACGUCGCUGAUGUCAAGUACGAAGGAGACUACAAACCGGCCUACUCCGCCGACUACAAGCCUGCCUACAAGCCAGCGCCUAAGGCAACCUACUCUCCUUCCUACAAACCGACUUAUUAAGAAAUUUUAGAUACUUAUUUAUCAUGAGCAGUUACUGUAUGUAUCAAUGAAAUAAAAAAUACGGCGUUUCGUAAAUGCCAAGAAAAGUGUA